CGGAUCCAAGCAGAUGGGGACAUUGUGUGUGAGCUUCCUGUAGUAAAAGGAGGACAAGCUAUUUUUCCAUUGAGAUACCAAGUUGAUGUCUACACUGGGCAGCUGAGGCAAGCAGAAACAGAGUCCAAGGUUUUCCUCUGCCUCUAUGGGGAGAGAGGAGACUCUGGCCUCAGACUGCUGUACAAAUCUAACAUGCCAGUAAAAUUUCAAAGAGGACAGAUUGAUACAUUUCAAGUAGAAGCAGUGUCACUUGGAAAACUGCAGAAGGUGCUCUUGCGCUGUGAGGCCAGUGACAAAUCACAGUACUGGUACUGUGAAAAGGUCGUAGUCAGAGAACCCGGUACCACAUCUGAGUCUGUCUUCACCUGUGAAAGAUGGCUUCCCUUCAUGUCUCAGGGAAUAAUUCAUUCAGAAAUUGAACUUUAUCUUCAAUAAUGAAAUCGUCAGAUGAGAGUACACGAUGGUUCAUUACAUCUGGAUGUCAUGGAACAUGAUUCUCCAGUUGCCUCCAGAACAUCCCCUUUGAUAGUAUACCUUUUGCAUCAGAUGUAUAGUUAUUCCACACAGUGAGAAUAAAAACAUACAAAAGAUGUGUUUUAGCUAUGUAAUAUGUCCUAUUGUAUUGUAUUGUUAAAAAUCAUCC